GACGUCCUCCGCUAUCCCAACGUGCAACGCUGCCGAGCCCUCACGGGCGAGGGUGGGAGGACUGGGCGGGCGGGAAGGAGUCCGCCAGCAGCCCGUCCUGCAGCGCGGGGACCAGCCAGGCGUGAGCAAUGGAAUCGAUCCGGGCGGCCGUUGCCAGGGGCAACCGUUGGUAAAAUCUCCUCCCUGAAAGUUAGCAGAGAAAACCCUCCCCCAAAAACCCUUCACAAAAGUGGCGUAAAGCUGCAACCUGAAGCAGAGAGGGAUUGAUUGUGUUUUGUUUUUAGCCAUUGAGGCACCAAAUAGAACGAAAAGAAUUCACAGGGUGGCCAUUUGGUAAAUCGCAGCAGUACAAUACCCUAUAGAAUCAAGAAUCCUGCCUGUGGUAACAGCCGCUAUGAGCGACGCGGACAUUGAAAGCUCCAUCAAUCAUUCAACAAUCCAAAACUGGGCUCGAAUUAUUGGAUGGCCAGCAAAAAAUAUAGUUGCAGUAAAAUAGCUUCGCUGUCUUGGGGUCGGAUGAAGGUCCAGGACUGUCCCACCACUUACAAGGACUGCAAGGUCUGGCCAGGAGGAAGUCGGCCCUGGGACUGGAGAGAGACGGGUACUGAUCACCACCCUGGAGUCCAGGCAGCUGACCUGGAGGAAAUCAUUAACAAAGGGAUUCAGACGCUAGUUAUUGGCUGUGGAAUGAGCGAGGCUUUGCAGGCAGUUGUUCAAGAUGUCCCUCUCUCCUCUGGAACAAUUCCCCUUCCUUUCAACAUGGCCAAAACAACGUCCAACACUCGACUGGAGACACAGGAGACUACAGAUGCCGGAUUCUGGAACAACCUGUCCUGAUGCAGGGUUGUCUAAACAUAGACAAUUCCCUUCCCUCCCACAGAUGCUGCUUGACCCACUGAGUUCCUCCAGCAGAUUGUUGCUCCCUAACUCUCGACUGCUCUGUCCUUACAAACAACGGGCCCAUCAUAAGCUUUCCUUUCCUUUGGAGGCUUCAAGUGUCAUCAA